GACGAGGGCAGCGGCGGGGCUUUGUUAGCGGCCCGGGCUGCGGCGACUGGAGGCUGCCCGGCGCGGCUCUGCGCCCUCGGCUGGGAAGGCCCGAGGAGGGGCGCGGUGUCGUCGUCAUUAUCCUUGCUGUUCUUGGGGGGCCGCCCCUGCCCCGGCGCCCCGGAGCCUCGGCCGGAGCCUGAGCGGCGAUGCCGGCCCCCGCGGCUGACGGGCCCGCCUUUGCCAAGCCGCAGCCGGGCGGGGGGGCGGCCUUUGUCGGGCUGGGACCGGCGCUGCCUGCGCUCUGAGGCCGCGGAGGGAAGCCGGCAGCCCCGCGGAGGAGCAGGAGCAGCGCCCGAGGCGCGCGAGCCUGAUCUAAGAGGCCUCGGCUUGUUUCCCUAGAUUCUUCUGGCACCCCUGGAGAAACGACAGAAAAUGCAAAACAACGAAGUGAUAAAGCCUGCCAAAUACUUCUCCGAAGUGGAGAAGAGUGUGUUGCUUGCCCUGGUUGAGAAAUAUAAAUAUGUGCUGGAGUGCAAAAAAAGCGACGCCAGGACAAUUGCGUUAAAACAGCGGACCUGGCAGGCCUUGGCCCAUGAAUACAAUUCUCAGCCCAGUGUUUCACUCCGGGACUUCAAGCAGCUGAAGAAAUGCUGGGAGAACAUCAAGGCACGGACAAAGAAAAUAAUGUCCCAUGACAGACGGGAUAAGGUGAAAAGGAGCAUAAGCCCGCUUAUCAGUAAUCACGUCUUGGGGAAAGAGAAGAUCGCCAGCAUGGUGCCAGAGCAAGUAUACUUCCUACAGAGCCCACAAGAGGAAGAUCCCGAAUAUCAGCCGGAGGCUUCUAGUCAAGAACCGUUCACCAUCAUAAACAGAGAACUGUGUGACGAAGAGAAAGAGCUUGUUCAUUACCAGGUAUGCGAAGGCACCUCGCAAUCCGAGCCCUCCUGCUCUGCCGUCAGGCUAACGGGCAAUAAAAACUUCCGGAGUAAAGCCCCUCAAGAAAGCGAUCUGAAGAAGAUGCACGAGGAGGAGCACCACCAACAGAUGUCCAUCUUGCAACUGCAGCUGAUCCAGAUGAACGAGGUGCACGUGGCCAAGAUUCAGCAGAUUGAGCGGGAGUGCGAGAUGGCGGAAGAGGAGCACAGGAUUAAGAUGGAAGUGCUCAACAAAAAAAAAAUGUACUGGGAGCGGAAGCUCCAGACAGUUACUAAGGACUGGCCUGUCUCUUCUUUUAACAGACCCUUCCCUAAUUCACCCUAGAGGAUCUGACAGUGCCCGGCCAAUUGGAUUGAAUUCCUGGGUUCUUAAAAAAAGGGGGUUGGGAUACUGUGGAGCUGAAUUUGUAUUUGUAGUGUGAAUGGCUGUUCAAAUGGCCGUGGGCAAACAGUAAGUAAAGGCUAACAAAAAGUGUCUAAUUUAAAAGAAAUUUGGUUUCUUUGGAAGGGGGAAAUGGUGUGACUGCUCCUUGCAGGGGCCUUCAGAUAGGCACAGCAGUGCUGUCUCAAAAUCAGUUUGUCUCCUCUGCGAUGGGUUCUUUCGGUCGAGGCAGGCCAUAAGGUAGGCGUGCAGUUGCGCUUAAAAAAACCAAUUUGUUGGCCCAAAAAGAUCCCUCUUGGUUUUAAAGAGAAGGGCUGGAUUUCUCACCACAAGUCAUAUGUUGAGAUAGGCCUGCCACCAGUUGUGCAGUGACCCAGCGAGAGGGUCUCCUUUUAGGAAAAAUCAAUGGAAGGUGAAGGAAAGGGCAGCAUUCCAGGUUUUUCCAUAGCAGGAGGGAAUCCAAAGCUUUCGAACAGUUGGCUUUCUGUUUGACUACGGUUGCUGGCUGCAUAAAAAGUACUCAGUCCACUUCCGCUGGCCAUGCAUUUAAUGCCCCGGCUGGGUGUCCGUUCUCACUGAAGGGCCUGACCAUUCUGCCAGCUACAGACAGGAGCUGGCAAAAGAGUUCAGAUAAAUCUCUUUCUGGCAUCUUUCCUGGAGUAGCGAAAAAUCAAAAACUUAAUAUGGAGGGUCUGCAUAUGUGUGUACACCGUGUUUACAUAUGUCUGGUCUGAACCACUUUAGCCUGCACGAGCAGGGUGUAUGAGACGAAAUCCUCUUCCAUGGAAAAAUGUUCCCUCUUGUAGAAAACUAGUGCAUCUGGGAAAGACUCAGCCAGUGAGUUUUCUAUGUGUAGAACAUAUUUGGGGGCAAUAUGGAGAAGCAGUCGGUCCUGUUGACUACCUCAGUGAGAACUAGGCUUUACUUUGUUCACUGACCAAGAAUCUGAUUGAUUAAAUUCCGCACGGAGUCAUUUUGCCCUCUGAUGGCAACCUGGUCCAGUGGGUGGCCCUCUUGGUGCUGUGUGUAUUUCUUUGUCUCCUGUGUAUAGGCCCUGGAGCUUUGAAGUGAGCCAGGAAAGGGUGAGGAAAUCAGUACAAACCCAAGUGUAGGGAAAGCUCAGAUUUACUACACAGCUAAGUGCUGUCAUGCAUUACAUUUCUUACACGUACACCUGCAUGUAAAAAUAUGAAUGCAUGUUGCAGAUGCAUAGCUGCAGUGUACAUGUUCCAGGGAGCCAUGUUUGGCUACAGCUCUUUUCAACAUGUGUGCACAGAGGCCAACCUGUGUGCUUCACCACAUACUGUAAGAACAUGGCCUUGUAAGCACCACGUGUGCGUCACCACAGUCUGUGUGAGCAUGGCCUGUAAGAGCUAUCGUCUUCUGAGGGCCAAAUAGCGAUGCAAUAAGAAAAGAAUCCCUUCUUUUCAAAUUGCAGGACGAAAAAGGAGAACUUAUUCAGAUUUCUAAUGAACUGUUAAUGGAACGUCCACGAGUAUUUCUUGUGCCGUUGUGUCCUGUUAUAAUGAUUAAGAUUAAUAUUAACAAUGUAUCUCCCCCCCCCCCAAAUGGCGGGGAGGUGAAACCCUCUGUGCACAAUGGGCUUCUCUACAUAGCUCUUCUCUGGACUGUUUUCUUCUUGUGUUUUUCUAGAUGUGCUGUAGCUAAUACAGAGUCCCUUCCAUGAUAGCAGAAGGUAAUUUGUAAAGAGGAAGUAGGGAAGGAAAACCUGCUUGCUAGGGUUCUGACUUGAGCUGAAAUAAUGUUGGUAAAACCCACCCACCCACCCCCCGCCCCAGUGUAGGAUAACAAUUUAUUCCUACUGUACCAUCUGGGUGGCUCAAGAGUGACAACAGAAUUUUCCGUCCCAUGUUUUAAUGCAAGCUGACAGGUACUGAGGGCAGGGCUUUUUUCUGGGAAAAGAGG